AUGGAUCCAGAUAACAAAAAUCCUAUUUUAUAUAAACAUUCAACCAAAUCUUGUAUCCCAAAUGUUCAAGACGAUGAUCACUGUGAAGAUCCAGCAUAUAACUUAAUCCAUACAUCCACAGAUAACUUAACAAAUUUAUACGGAGUAAACAACAGCUCUGAAAACAUUAAUACGAACCUUUUUCAACCUUCUGACCAUUUUGAAUCAUUUGAUGAGGAGGAAAUAUUUGAUAUAAUUAGAACAAUAAAGGACCCUGAAUAUUCAUAUUCUUUGGAAGAUUUAAACGUGGUUUCCAAGGAUAAUAUCUUUAUUGAUGAAGAUACGUCCACCAUCUCAGUAUUCUUCACACCCACAGUUCCUCAUUGCACUCAAGCAUCAAUAAUCGGACUAAUGAUCUUUGUAAAGUUGUACCAAAGCUUGCCUCCAUAUUUCAAAAUCGAUGUUCAAAUAUCUAAAGGAACACAUAACACUGAGGAAAUGAUAAAUAAACAGCUCCUGGAUAAGGAAAGAAUAUCAGCUGCACUUGAAUAUCCUCCAAUAUUGAAGAUGAUCAACAAAGGUAUCCUUUUUCUACAAAUAUAUAUUUAA